GGGAUCCGGGAGUCCACGGCGGUUAAUUUCUUUUAUCGUUUGGCUUUACUUCCCUCCGUCUGGGCUUUUCUGAGGCUGCAAGAGAUGGUCAGGUCCGGAUCUCGAUCGGGCCAGAUAAUAAUUGUGGUAGCUGUUUUUGGACUUGGUCCAGUGUAUUAGAAUACCAUGGUUUGGAAUUUUAUUACGGUUUUGGCCAGGACACCAACAUAUGUAUAUAUAAAAGGGAAGGACCCUGAAGGUGUCAUGCAGGGACCAGUGGAGCAGUACUAUGUAGGAUCUUAUUUCCUAUAAGGUGAUAUCAUCAGUGAAACACACUGGGCCUGCUAAAUUAACAAAUGGAAAGAAAGGGACACAUUUAAGAAAGAUAUCACGUUUUAAUGCAGAUUCUGGCUAUCCUGUCCAUUCUGACUCAGAAAGUCAGACUGAAACUGUGCAAGGGCUUGAUGGUUGUGCUUCUUUGCUGCGGGACAUUUUAAGAAAUGAAGAUUCAGGUUUUUUAAUUUUUUAAAUGCCCUUUGCUAACCACCUUUUCUAAAUUAAUAAUUCUCUUAAUACAAAUGAAGUUUUGUUUUAAUUAUUAAUAGGUUCAGAAAUAGCAUAUUCAGAAAAUAGAUAUAACCCCAGAUCUUUAGAAGGCAAAAGAUUUGGAUCCAAAAAGAAAGGACAUGAAAAACAUGUUCCUUCAGGAGUCCGGAAAGAAAUUUUAUCUUCAGAUAAUAAGAAAUAUGUACCUAAUGAAACUUCUGCUGGAAGUGAGAGAGACUCAUCAGAUAUACCACAGAAUUGGUCAUUUCAAGAUCAUUAUAGAAUGUAUUCACCGAUAAUAUACCAAGCCCUCUGUGAGCAUGUGCAGACCCAAAUGUCACUGAUGAAUAACUUGGCUUCAAAGAACAACCCGGAUGGAAUUCCUGCUAUACCCUACCAUACCAUGUCUGGUUCUGAGUCUCAGGCAACUCCACAUUCUAGUUAUGGCUUAUCAACCUCCACCCCAGUCCAGUUACUUCAGCCUCCAUCCUGCCCUCCUAUGGUUCAUUCUGAAGUUCAGACUGAUGGUGACAACCAGUUUGCAUCACAAGGUAAAACUGCUUCUAUGAACUGUACAAACGUUCUACAGAAUUCCUUCAGUACUGGUCUUGGAGUUCCACGCAGCCUGCCCAAAAGUGACAGGCCACCUCUUCCACCAUUCCAGCAGCUGGGUCUUGUCAGUGGGAUUCUGCCACAACACGAAGUUCCUAAGGAACCAGACCUACUAAAAUGUUUUCAAACAUAUAUGAAUCUAUUGCAUUCUCGUCAGCACAGUCAGACACACCAAAGCCCCACUCUGUUUCCACCAGCUUUCCUGUCCAGUAAUGAAGAUCGAUGUGCCAAAGAACACAUUGGAGAAGUCCCAAGUGAAAGAAAGGAUUUAAACAUACACAUGCAAGAUUCAAGAAUAAAGGAUGUGCAGAAAGCAAAAAAUGUGAACCAGAGUGCUGAAAAAGUCAGAACUAUAAAGUAUUUGUUGGGAGAGCUCAAGGCCCUGGUAGCAGAGCAAGAGGAUUCAGAAAUUCAGAGAUUGAUUGCAGAAUUGGAGAUGUGUAUAUCUCUGCUUCCAGCAAUAAGUGGAAACACAAAUAUUCAAGUUGAAAUAGCACUGGCUAUGCAACCACUAAGAAGUGAAAAUGCCCAGUUACGCAGGCAACUGAGAAUUUUAAACCGACAACUUAGAGAACAAGAAAAAACUCAAAAGGCACCUGGUUCUCUGGAAUGCAACCUUGAAUUGUUUUCUCUUCAGUCAUUGAACAAGUCCCUGCAAAACCAAUUACAGGAGUCACUGAAGAGCCAGGAAUUACUACAGAAUAAAAAUGAAGAACUUUUAAAAGUGAUUGAAAAUCAGAAAGAUGAGAACAAAAAAUUUGCUGGUAUAUUUAAAGAGAAAGAGCAAGCUCUACUUGAAAAUAAACAGCAAUUUGACAUUGAGACGACAAGAAUAAAAAUUGAAUUGGAGGAAGCCUUAGUCAAUGUGAAAAGCUCCCGGUUUAAGUUAGAAGCUGCUGAAAAGGAAAAUCAAAUAUUGGGAAUAACAUUACGUCAGCGUGACGCUGAGGUGACCCGACUGAGAGAAUUAACAAGAACUUUACAGAGCAGUAUGGCAAAGCUUCUCUCAGAUCUUAGUAUGGACAGUGCUCGCUCCAAGUCUGGAAAUAAUCUUACCAAAUCACUUUUGAACAUUUAUGAAAAACAACCCAAGUGUGACCCAAUCCCAGCUCACACUUCCAUAAUGAGCUACCUAAAUAAGUUAGAAACAGAUCACGCUUUCAUACAUUCACAGCCACUUUCUACAGUUAACAAUGAGGAGAACAUAGAACCAGGUAGGCCUUACGAAAAUGUUCUGCCCUCCAAAAGCCCUCAGCAUGGUAACACAAGGAACAAGGAGGAAGUAUCAGCCCCUGGGAUCAUUCCUACCCUUUCAAAACAGGAUUCUGAUGAGAGUGAAGUCACAACUUUAAUAGACGAUGAGUGUAAUUUGGAUAAUACAAUUUACAUUCCAUUUGCUAGAAGCACUUCUAAAAAGAAAUCACCAUUAUCUAAGAGAUUAUCCCCCCAGCCACAGAUCACUGUGGCUUCACUGCAGCUGGUCAGCAACAGUGGACUUGUCUCUGAAAAAGAAAAUAAAUCGUGUACACCCGGAGUUGGUUCCUCUUCCAAAAAGGAAGCAGAAGAUACCCCUGAGAAACUUUCCAGAACACCUGAUACGGAAGACAAGCAGCUCCUCAAGAAAAUAAAGGAAGCCAUCUGCAAGAUACCUGCCGCCCCUGAGGAGCCACCAGAACUGGCGGCGUGUCAUGGCCCCUCUACUUGUCAGAGCGGCAGCAUUCAAGUGAAAAGUAGUGCUGUCUCCGAUGGUAGCUUUUUUAAUUCUGACUUGACGUCUGACUGGAGCAUCUCCUCUUUUUCAACGUUCACUUCUCGAGAUGAACAAGACUUCCGAAAUGGCCUUGCAGCGCUGGAUGCCAAUAUCGCUCGACUCCAGAAGUCCUUAAGGACUGGUCUUCUGGAGAAAUGAACUCAGAAGAAAAGGGAUUGAGUACCUCUUUUUAAGACUAGAACUUGGCUACAAUUGAAUGUAUAUUUUAAAUUUCUUUAGCGAAAUGGAUAUUAAUUAUGUAUUAUAAUUAAUUGUAUGAAUAAUAAAUUUAUUGUUAGAGUAUAUUGACAGUCUGGAGCUUAUACAAACAAGUCAUCUUAAGAAAUUGACAUUUGUUAAGAGAAGACAAUUACAGGUAAUUGGGAAAGUAUCACAAGUAAUAUUUUUAGUACCUAGCAGUUUGAGGUCUUUUCUAACCCAGCUGGGCUAACGGUCCAGGUCAGGAUUCUCUGGUUGUCCUAAAGAAUAAUGGGAAGGGAGUCUCUGGGUACAAUUUAUUGUAUUCAAACUAGGCUUUCUUUCCUCUUUCAGGAUUUCUGUUUGUUUUUUAAUGGCAUCGUGUUUUUCUGUGGGAUGCUCUGUGCUACAGGCUAGUGUUACGUAUAAACAUUUCUUUUAAGAGAAAAAUGCCAAUAUCUUCACCUCUUAAAAAACAUUGAUUGGGCCAAGAAAAUAUAGAUAACAUCCUCAGUUAGCGUAUGGUUUCUUAAAACUUUGGCACUUUUAUUUGUUUUAUUCUGAAUAGGUGUUUAAGACCUUUUAAAAAUAAAGUCAGACUGAUAAAUGCUAAUAGAUAAGUCAUAGCUUGGGAAAUUUGUGUUUUUAAAUAAAUGCAAAAUGUUUA